AUGGCGUUCAUCACCACACCAACAUUGAGCACACUCUAUAAUGCAAGCCUUUUUGCCGUUCCCAAACCAACUACAACUGAAAAUGAGCAGCCAGCUCCUAAACGGAAAAUAAUCGAUCCAUUCGAUCCGGAGGCAAGCGUUCCACUCCCAUAUCAACUGGACGAGCUACCUUACAGCACAUCCGUAUGGAAACGAAAUGAACGUGAACGCUACCGUGUACGUUGCGUAAACAAUGGUUAUGAAGCGCUACGUAGACAUUUACCGGUGUCCGACACGGAAAAACGUAUUUCGAAAGUGGACACAUUGCGUCUGGCCAUUCGCUACAUCAGACAUCUUGAAGCCGUACUCAAAAAUGAGGAACAUGUCUAUAAAUGCCGAUGUUUCAAUGGAUUUGCGGAGGAGUCGGAAGGACACGUGCAAAUUGACAUCAACGUUCGAAACGUGAAUCACCAACGUAUAGGAAAUGAGAUUAAAUAUUGA